CUGCGGCAUUACUUUCUGCAGGUACUGAAGUACGCGUGUACGAUAUCACGCCAUAAUUGUUGUCUACCACAUUCGAUUUUGCUCCAAGUUGAAGGACGAGUCCUGGCUUUUUGACUGUGUCGUACAAUCUCAUACGAUGUUUUCCCUGCGUCAUUGUCAGCCCAUUCAAAGUGCUGCUGCACGCCUGCAGCCAAACCCCGACAACGACAAUAACCCUUCCACGGGGUCCACUCCGGAGUCAGUCCGUCUGCAUCUAUCAUCGAGAUCACAAGAAACUCCACAUUCAGCUAUGCUUGUUGUCCCAUAGGGAGAGGCUGUUAUUGAUCUGCAAGGUGGCUGGGAUAGCAGGGACAGUAAUCAAAAUAGCCCUCCCGACCCAGUGGGCAUGGGGAACAUCAAUCCAAUCGCCCCAGAUACUUCUUUUCUGUAAGCAGCCAGCAUACAAAUCCCAGCGAUUUUGCAGUUCAAACGCAACAAUCAGCGCUUCGAAAUGAGGUUCGGCGCAUCAGUACCGUACCGGCCAGCGCCGUGUAUACGUUCGUGGCUCGUCGGUGAAUUGCUGCAUACCAUAUAUCACCCCAUGGAUUAUGGACCACGGGCCUAAACUUCGAUUUGACGCUGCAAGGCAGGCAGGCUCCGAGUAUGAAUUGGAAGAGAGUCGUCAAGAAUCAGACCACCUUUGGCCAACCUAUCAUGCUCUCAUACAGCUUACCCGUGCUGCCGCGUCGACCCCCCCAUGUGAUGGGCGAUGAAAAUGCGUGUCUGAUGUUACCCUCCAUGAAAUAAAUAACUUAUAAGGCUUGAGCAUUUCCACUCCCAAUUACUCCCAAUUGCUGCGCCAACUCAGCAUCAAUUCAGUACAAUAAUUCAGUCGAUCCUACUUUACUACCGAGGAUCCUUCCAACAAUACAACAAAAAGGUCAUCGAACCUCCACUCCGCGAUAUCAAGGACCUCGUGUGGAAGCGAUAUCAGGACAGCUAUACCAAUCGCCAACAUCAUGGCAUCUGCAGCAGAUGAAGUUAUCGUCAAGAGCAUUUCUCCUUACGGAAUUGCUCGCUCAACUGUAGAAGGAAAGCCCCUCUCAGCAGAGGAAAUCCGCAAAUAUGAUGCCUACUUCCGCGCCAGUAUGUAUCUUUGCUUAGGCAUGCUCUACCUCCGCGAAAAUGCUCUUCUCAAAGAGCCUCUGGAUAUCAAGCAUCUCAAGGCAAGAUUACUGGGUCAUUGGGGAUCUGACGCCGGUCAAUCGUUCACUUGGAUGCAUAUGAACCGUCUGAUCAAGAAGUACGACUUGGACGUUCUGUUCAUCUCGGGCCCAGGUCAUGGAGCUCCAGGUAUCCUCUCACAAUCCUAUAUGGAGGGUGUGUACUCGGAGGUCUACCCAGACAAGGCCGAGGAUGAGGAGGGAAUGCGAAAGUUCUUCAAGCAAUUCUCAUUUCCAGGUGGAAUUGGCUCGCAUGCGACCCCAGAGACACCAGGCAGUAUCCACGAAGGUGGUGAGCUCGGUUAUUCAAUCUCCCACGCAUUCGGCACUGUCUUUGACCACCCCAAUCUGAUCACACUCACAAUGGUUGGAGAUGGCGAAGCUGAGACUGGACCUCUUGCCACAAGUUGGCACAGCACCAAAUUCCUCAACCCAAUCUGCGACGGUGCCGUCCUCCCAGUCCUCCAUCUCAAUGGAUACAAGAUCAACAACCCAACUCUGCUCGCAAGAAUCAGCCACGAGGAGCUUACAGCGCUGUUCAUCGGUUAUGGCUGGAAGCCAUACUUUGUUGAGGGCAGCGACAUGGAGAGCAUGCACCAAGCAAUGGCUGCCACAAUCGAGAAGUGUGUUCUGGAGAUCCGCGAAUACCAGAAGCAAGCUCGGGAUUCAGGGAAGGCAUUCAGACCUCGCUGGCCCAUGAUUGUCCUCAGAAGUCCUAAGGGAUGGAGUGGACCGAGAAAGAUUGACGAGAAGUUACUCGAAGGCUUUUGGCGUUCGCAUCAAAUUCCUAUUCCCGAUGUCGCCUCAAAUCCAGCACAUCUCAAGGUCUUGGAGCAGUGGAUGAAGUCGUACAAGCCUGAGGAGACAUUCGAUUCGGCCGGGAAGCUGAUUCCAGAAUUGAAGGAGCUGGCACCAGUUGGAAAUGCACGUAUGAGCGCCAACCCUGUCGGCAACGGUGGUCUCUUGAAGAAGCCCCUCGACAUGCCAGAUUUCAAGAAGUAUGCCCUGAAGGAUAUCAACCCAGGUAUCUCGAAUCUUCCCAGCAUGUCGAAUAUGUCCAAGUUCCUUCGCGAUAUCGUCGCAAACAACAUGUCGAAUUUCCGUGUCAUGUCACCUGAUGAGUCAGAGUCUAACAAGCUUGGCGAGAUCUAUAAGGCAGGCAAGAAGGUCUGGAUGGGCGAGUACUUCGAGGAAGAUCAAGAUGGUGGAAACUUGGCUAUGGAAGGUCGCGUUAUGGAGAUGCUGAGUGAGCAUACCUGCGAAGGUUGGUUGGAAGGUUACAUUCUCUCUGGACGUCAUGGUCUCCUCAACAGCUAUGAGCCUUUCAUUCACAUCAUCGACUCCAUGGUCAACCAACAUUGUAAAUGGAUCGAGAAGUGCAACGAGAUCGAGUGGCGCGCGAAGAUUGCUUCCCUCAAUAUCCUUCUUACCGCUACCGUCUGGAGACAGGAUCACAAUGGUUUCACUCAUCAAGAUCCAGGAUUUCUCGAUGUAGUCGCCAACAAGAGUCCUGAGGUCGUCCGUAUAUAUCUCCCACCCGAUGGAAAUACCCUCUUGUCCGUCACAGAUCAUUGUCUCCGCAGCACUAACUACGUCAACGUUAUCGUCGCAGACAAGCAAGACCAUCUCCAAUUCCUCGACAUGGAUGAGGCAGUCGAGCACUGCACCAAGGGUCUCGGCAUCUGGGAUUGGGCCAGCAACGAUCAAGACGAAGACCCCGACGUCGUCAUGGCAUCCUGCGGCGACGUACCCACGCUCGAAUCUCUCGCGGCCACUGCACUCCUCCGAGAGUUCCUUCCUCAACUUAAGAUCCGAUUCGUCAAUGUCGUCGAUCUCUUCAAACUCAUCUCUGAGGUUGACCAUCCCCACGGACUGUCAGACGUAGAAUGGAAAGCCGUCUUCACCGAUGAUAGACCGAUCAUCUUCAACUUCCACUCCUACCCAUGGCUCAUCCACAGACUCACGUACAAGCGACCUGGCCAGCUCAACAUCCACGUCCGUGGGUACAAGGAGAAGGGCAAUAUCGAUACGCCACUGGAGCUAGCUAUCAGGAAUCAAACUGAUAGGUACAGUUUGGCAAUGGAUGCUAUUGAUCGCAUUCCGUCGCUACAUAACAAGGGUGCGGCUGUGCGUGAGAAGUUGAUUAAUCUCCAGAUUGCGGCUAAGACGUGGGCGUUCGAGCAUGGUAUUGACCCGGUCUACAUCACCAACUGGAGAUGGCCAUAUCCCAAGGAGUCAAAGGCAUAGGUGACUAGCUGGAAGGAUGAUAGAAUAUCGUCUUCUUGAUACUGGUCGUAGAUAUUCCACGUUUUGGCUUGUUUCCAUGAUCAUGUUAAUGAUGGCAACGGCUGGCGUCUUUCUCCUUACUCAUACAUAGUCUUUUUGAAAAUUCA